GAGAGCAGGGUCGGGUAAGUGCCCAGGCAAGUGCACAUUGUCACUUCAAGCCUGGUCCCCAACAGUUAGAGAAAUCUAACCUGCUACAGGUUUGUUUUCUCACAUGAUAACUUUUUAUUUGGCCUGGUUUUUGGGUGGGGAAAGGGUGAGUUUUACAGUGCUUCCUGCUGUACCCUUCUUUAUGCUUGUCACUCUUACCCCCUGCAGAGCUGUAGGGAAGACCUGCUUGCUGAUCAGUUACACCACAAAUGCCUUUCCGGGAGAAUACAUCCCCACUGUGUUUGAUAACUAUUCUGCCAAUGUGAUGGUAGAUGGAAAGCCAGUGAACCUAGGCCUCUGGGAUACAGCAGGACAAGAGGAUUAUGACCGACUGCGGCCUCUUUCCUAUCCACAGACGGAUGUUUUCUUGAUCUGCUUCUCCCUUGUGAGUCCAGCCUCCUUUGAAAAUGUCAGAGCCAAGUGGUACCCUGAGGUCCGACACCAUUGCCCAAAUACACCUAUCAUCCUGGUGGGCACCAAGCUGGACUUGAGGGAUGAUAAGGACACCAUUGAAAGGUUACGUGAUAAGAAACUGGCCCCCAUCACCUACCCCCAAGGUUUGGCCAUGGCUCGGGAGAUUGGGUCGGUAAAGUACCUCGAGUGCUCUGCCCUGACGCAGCGGGGCUUGAAGACGGUGUUUGACGAAGCCAUCCGGGCCGUGCUCUGCCCGCCGCCCGUGAAGAAGCCUGGCAAAAAGUGCACCGUGUUUUGAGGGCUGUGGCCUGGGUGCUGGCUCAGCAUGUUGUCGUCCUCUUGACAGAUUGCAUAUUAGCUGGGUGUUUCUGGAGGGGGCUGGGAUGUGUAGGGCCCUUCAUCAUGUACGAAGUCAGUGUUUUUUAAAUGUCUCUUUGAUUUAACGUCAGUGUUGAUGUGAAGGGGCAGCGGGGGCAGGAGACUAGCUGGGGGCUGUACAGCUCCCAGGGGAGGUACAAUGGGGAAGGCAAGGUGGCUCCUCGGGGCAACAGGCUGUUUUGGCUCUCCUGAACUCCACGCUGAAAGGGCUGAGACAUCCAUCCUGUCCUGGAAACCCCUGGUUUCAACCUGCAGGUGAAACAGGCGGGGAAGAUCCUUGUGGGAGCGGGGAGGGAGCGGA